GCGCACUGGACGUCUCAGCGCCACCGCCCAUCAGCUGAGAAUUGCAGCUGGGGGCUCUGGGGCCGCGGCAGACGGUGGCCGGAGGAGAAGGAAGCGCAGGUCAGGAUGUGAGUUUUGCUAUUUGGUGUGUCAUCUUGCAAGAUUUCAGCCCUUUUAGGUUAAUCAGGUAACUGCUUAGAAAACUGCAUAGCCCACCAACAUCUGAUGAAAUUAGUGAAUAAGCAAAUCAGCCAUGUCUUACACUCCAGGAAUUGGUGGGGACCCUGCCCAGCUGGCCCAGCGCAUCUCAUCCAACAUCCAGAAGAUCACACAAUGCUCUGUGGAAAUACAAAGGACUCUGAAUCAACUUGGAACACCUCAAGAUUCACCUGAAUUGAGGCAACAGCUGCAACAGAAGCAGCAAUAUACUAACCAACUUGCCAAAGAAACAGAUAAGUACAUUAAAGAGUUUGGAUCGCUGCCCACCACGCCCAGUGAACAGCGUCAAAGGAAAAUACAGAAGGAUCGUUUAGUGGCUGAAUUCACAACGUCGCUGACAAACUUCCAGAAGGUCCAGAGGCAAGCUGCUGAGAGAGAAAAAGAGUUUGUUGCUCGAGUAAGAGCCAGUUCCAGAGUAUCCGGUGGAUUUCCAGAGGACAGCUCAAAAGAAAGGAAUCUUGUAUCCUGGGAAAGCCAAACUCAACCUCAAGUGCAGGUGCAGGAUGAAGAAAUUACAGAGGAUGAUCUCCGUCUCAUUCAUGAGAGAGAAUCUUCCAUCAGGCAACUUGAAGCCGAUAUUAUGGAUAUCAAUGAAAUAUUUAAAGACUUGGGGAUGAUGAUUCAUGAACAAGGAGAUGUGAUAGAUAGCAUAGAAGCCAAUGUAGAAAGUGCGGAGGUACAUGUUCAACAAGCAAAUCAACAGCUGUCAAGGGCAGCAGAUUACCAGCGCAAAUCCAGAAAAACCCUGUGCAUCAUCAUUUCUGUCCUUGUUGUUAUAGUUUUGAUUGUCAUUCUCAUAGUGACACUGAAAAGCUAAAAUAAUGAAGGAGCAUACUACUGCACUACGUUAUCUAAAUUAUGUAGGGGGAGUCCUUGAAUCAUUUUUUUAUUAUUAUUUUAAAGUGGUCAUGUAAAGGAUGGUUCCCAUACUUUGUUAUUUUUAUGAGGGAUGGGAGUUUCUUUUGGAUUAAAUCUGAUAUUUUCUAAUACUAAAAGUUUUUCUAAAUGUCUUUGCUGGUAUAACCUCUGUGUUUUUCGAUUUAAUAACUGUUUGUUUUUU